AUGGCACUCGAUAAUCCAAAGACGAUGGUGUAUCGGUGGGGCGGGCUGACUGUCGCCGCCACGGUAGUCUUCUACGCGGUGAAGUAUAACAUCAAUUCACGCCGAAAGGCGGUACCGAGUAGACGCGAGGCGGGAGUUGUACCAGAUUCUCCAGCUCAAGUAACACACGUAGACAGUGCUUCGCGAAACAAACCAUCUUAG